ACCAAGCAGCAGCACAGCCCACCUAAAGUUUUUCCAUUUGGCUAGCAGCGUUUGCUUGUCAAACUAAAUGUGUCGUAAAAACCACAAAUUAUAUUUAAACGCCGUUAUUGGAUGGCGUUCGAUGUCUCAGUAAGUUUGGUGAAUCUGUCCAAACAGUCAAAUACGGGUUUCAUCGCGAUAUCUCAUGACUGCCAUGACCUGCAAAUUAAGUGGCCUGUUCAGCAUUGGCGAGGACUUUGAUGAUGAGGACCUGCUGGGGACAGACUGGGUUGUCCGCUCAGCGUCUGGACCAGCCGAUGUGGCAGCUGCUGUGUCAUCUUGCACGCUGCGGGCCCCCUCUGUUGCUCUCAGAGAGCCGGAGGAAAAUUGCCUUCAGCAAACUGGAGAGAGAUCAGCUGCCCUGCGUAAUGGCACAGCAUCAAGGAGCAGCACACACACUGCUGCUGGACAAACUGUUGCUUCGGGUUUGCGACAGCUCCCCUCCUCCUCCUCCUCCGUUCAGCCUCCCCACCCCCGUCCUCCCGCACUGAAUAAUGCUCCGCCUAAUUUGGCAUCACAACAGAGUCAUGCUAACUCUGAGGGGCAGCUGAAGCCCUGCGUGGCGCAGGAUGAUUUUGAUGAGUGGGAUGUUGACCUAGCAGACCUGGAUGAGUGUGACCGCCAGAUGGGGCAGUCGCUUCAACCUCCUGCUCCAACCCCACCUGCGCCCGCGGUCAGUCCUGUAUCUUCAGCCAAAACGCUGCGACCCCCGACCUGUGGAGGGAUUGAGACACGAUCUGAUCGGAGCCUGGGAGAGCUCAGCACUGUACGCCAGGUUUCUGGCUCAUCUAGUCAUAACAUACCUCCUCAGACCCUCCCCACUCCUCUUCUGCGAUCUCCAAAUCCCCGCCCUGCUUUUCUAUCUAUCCCUCCACAGAGUCCUAGUGUUUUCCCUGGCCUUACAGCGGCUUAUCCUGCCCCCAGCCCCAUUUCCAGGACUCUCAACAGGCCCCAGCAGCCACAGAGACCAUGGGCAACUCCAGGACCCUCCCCUCAAGGCCGUGGCCUCUUUGAGACAGUCUCCCCAGCACCCUCUUCCUCCCCGUCUGUGAGCUCCUCCACUCUGAGCCCUCAUCCCCUUCACACACCGGUCCUCACCAACCGCCUGGUCCAGCUGGUAUCUGCCUCCAAUAAGCUUCCUAAGAAGAGGCCUCGCUCUGAGCCUCACCGGCCCAGGACCCGACGCUUCCCUGGUCCUGCUGGACUCCUGCCACAGCAGCCGCAGGGUCGGAGCCUGGACGACAUAGUGGUUUCUGUCCCUCAGACUCCUGCUCAUGGUGCUGUGGCCCGGUUGCCAAGCCAGGGUUCCAGCUCACAGACUGAGGAAGACGAGUUCAGCGGUGGUGCCUGGGCGGCGAUGAAGGCAGAGAUGGGAUUGGAUGAGAGGAACCGCUUGUGCUUCCUGCACUCCUACAGUGUUGUCAUGGUACUUCGAAAGGCUGCACUGAAACAGCUGGCAAAAAACAAAGUGCCCAACAUGGCCGUGCUCCUGAAGAGCAUCAUCCACACACACGCUGAUGCCAAGGCUGUGUUUAAAGACCCAACAGGGGAGAUUCAGGGAACAGUGCAUCGGCGGCUCCUAGAGGACAGAGUGGAGGAGCUGAAGGUCGGAGCUGUGCUGCUGCUCAAACAAGUGGGUGUGUUUUCCCCCUCCCAUCGUAACCAUUACCUGAACGUGACACCCAACAACCUGCUGAGGAUCUACACCCCUAAUGGAGUCAGUCUGUCCUCCACUCAGCUCCCCCCGCUCGUCCUGGAGCCGAUGUUGACGUCACCUGCUCGGGCUCCCAGUGUCCUCCAGGGGCCCGUGUCUCGAAUGCACCUGGUGUUUGACGAGGAGGAUGAUGAGGGACAAGAGGGGGAAAUAUGCUCAGAGGGAGGCAAAGACCCUCAAGCCCCAACAGACACUAGAGCCGGCUCCAGCAGAGGCCCCCAAGAGCCUGCUGGGAACCCAGCACCACAGGACUCCAGCUGGGAUGCAGAUGAUGACCUGGAUGAACUCCUGGGAGAGUUGCCUGAGGACACCUACAGCUUUUGAUGUAACGUUACAUCAGCAAACCUUCUGUACAGACUGUCUCCGCUGACUGGAGUUAUUUCACGACUGAAUAACACUAAAGAUGUUAUCCUUUGUUUUCCUGACAUCACCUCUUUAAAAUCAUCUCUUCUCUGACCACUGAAGAACUUGUGAAAAUGUGUAUAUGGUGUAAACAUUUUUUUCCUAGUGUUCGAUAUCCAGUUCAUAAAUAACAGUUAGUUUUUUGUUACGGUGUAAUUGCUGUGCAUCACUGAUGAUUGAUGUGUUAUAAGUAGCACUCAACACAUGCUCAUUAAUUAAUCACAAUGCUCCAAAAAUCAGCUCUGUUUGAUUUCAGCUUCACGUCUUAUAUUCUCAUAAAGACUGUAAUUAUUCUGAGAUUGUGUGUGUAUUAAGGAUGCAAUUCCCUUACUUUCCUUUCAUUCUUAUCCAUUGUUGCACUUUGCUUCAGUGACCUUGAAAUGGAAGACUAAUCUCUACAGCAUUGAUUUGUUAAUUAUGCAAAAUGAAAGCGAGGUGAGGCUUCUUUGUCUGCUGCAUUUUACUGUUAGUUUUUGUCCUUGCCCUCCAUUUUCAGUCGUGUCUGUUUCUCCGAGCCUCAGAGUGGAGUGGAUGGACUGUGACCCGGGCUUGUUUACCAUGCAUUAAGAGGUGUAUCAGAGGUUUUCGGGCAGGGAUUGCAGGCUAGUAGUUUCAGGGUCCCAUGUGGUUUCCCUGACCAAAAAGUGUUUACUCAGCCCUGUCUGCAGAGAGCCAGGGCUUCAGGGUGAAGUCGCACUGUGACUAACAGGCUCUUAUGGAGGCUUUCCCAACAGGAUCCAGAUCCAGACUCCUCCACUACCCUGGCUCACUGUAACAGAUUCAGGUUAAUCCUCAUUUUGUGUAUAAUGCAGCUGCUUAAAUUGCCUGGUUUAUGUUCAAAAGAGAGAGAAUGGGGAUGAUGGAAUAGGGUGCAUUUUCAGUGUUGAAAUCAUAGCCAUGUUAUUGUAAAAAGGGCUGCUAGUCGAUCACAUCAACUCGAUAUGGUAUUAAAGACCAUUAAAGGGACAGUUCACCAAGGUUUCUCUCUCAGCCCUAGUGAUAUCUAGCCAGUUUUGGUUUUACUUGUCCAGGCUUCGAGUCUCCUUCAUUUGUGGUGCUCAAAGCACUGGGAAAUGACAUUAAAACAAUUCAGCAGCAACAUGUCUUUCCAAAACAGUAUCCUGGGUACUGUGGGCAAUCGAUAAUCCACACUCCCCACUGUGAACACUUUUCAGUGAAGCCACUUUAUACUGCAGAUAAAUGAAGCGUUGACAGUGUGUUUCGUGGAUUUUCAUAGAUUAUCCAGAGUAACCAGGUCACUGAUUCUAGAGAGAUGUUGCUGCUGAAUUUUUUUUGACGCAGGUUUUUUUUUAAAUGUUUUUAGCAGCACAAACAUCCAUUGUUUUGGGGUGGUGGCAGAAAUCUCUGACGACAAUCUCAAAUCUUGGGUAAAUAAAACCAGAGCUAGG